ACGCUCCUCUGAGCAUCGGUUUGUGCCAGGCAAUCAAUGAGCUGUCAGCAUCACAAAAACGGACCGACUGUCAGUUUCGACGCCAUUCAGAUCGCCAGUGCUAGAAUGAAGGGCUCCCACUCUGUCAAGAGGCACCGCAUAACUAUACACACAUCACACACAGAUGGGCGGAAUGAAGUGGCGUCCCGUCCAGGGCGGUCAGGGGCCCGCUGCCGGAACUCCAUCGCCUCCUGUGCUGAUGAGCAGCCACACAUCGGCAACUACCGGCUCCUCAAAACCAUCGGCAAGGGCAACUUUGCCAAGGUCAAAUUGGCACGACAAAUUCUCACAGGACGAGAGGUGGCCAUAAAAAUAAUUGAUAAGACACAACUUAAUCCUACCAGCCUUCAAAAGCUCUUCAGGGAAGUAAGAAUAAUGAAGAUUCUAAAUCAUCCAAAUAUUGUAAAGCUGUUUGAGGUCAUAGAAACAGAGAAGACACUUUAUCUGGUGAUGGAGUACGCCAGUGGUGGGGAGGUGUUUGACUACCUCGUAGCGCAUGGACGAAUGAAGGAGAAGGAGGCCAGAGCUAAAUUUAGACAGGUACAGUACUGCAGUGUACUCGAUACAGCCCUGUCCCGCCCUCUCGCUCUCACCCGGGCCGCCCUGCCCAUUCGCACGCCUCCUGGUUGCAUUGGAAACAGCAAGCUUCUCAUGCAGGCAGAAAACCUACUGCUGGAUGCAGAUAUGAACAUUAAGAUCGCUGACUUCGGUUUCAGUAAUGAAUUCACUAUUGGGAACAAACUAGACACGUUUUGCGGCAGCCCUCCAUAUGCGGCCCCCGAGCUUUUCCAAGGCAAAAAGUAUGAUGGGCCUGAGGUAGAUGUGUGGAGUCUGGGGGUCAUACUCUACACGCUGGUCAGUGGAUCACUACCCUUUGAUGGACAGAAUCUAAAGGAGCUUCGUGAGCGGGUGUUGAGGGGCAAAUAUCGAAUUCCCUUCUACAUGUCGACUGAUUGUGAGAACCUUCUGAAACGCUUCCUGGUGCUGAACCCUGUCAAACGGGGAACACUUGAGCAAAUCAUGAAGGAUCGAUGGAUCAACGCAGGCAGUGAGGAGGAUGAGCUCAAGCCGUUUGUGGAGCCGGAGCUCGACAUCUCGGAUCAGAAGAGAAUCGAUAUCAUGGUAGGAAUGGGUUACUCAAGGGAGGAGAUCCACGAAUCUCUAACCAGGAUGAAAUACGACGAAAUCACGGCUACCUACCUACUGUUAGGAAGAAAGUCUACUGAGUUGGAGGUGAGUGAUUCCAGCUCCAGCAGUAACCUCUCUUUGGCGAAGGCCAGACCCAACAGCGAGCACAAUAAUGGCCAGUCACCAUCUCACCUCAAAGUCCAAAAAAACAUCUCCUCCAACCAGAAACAGCGUCGUUACAGUGACCAGGCUGGUCCAACCAUUCCCUCGGUGGGUUACCCCAAGAGAAGUCAGACCACUUCUGCAGAAAGUGACCAUAAAGAGGAGGGCAGUGCACAGGCACGUAAGUCCAGCUCAUCUGGAAGCCGUGGCAUGGCUCCACCGAGCCCCAUGCUGGGCAACGCCAACAACCCAAACAAGGCCGACAUUCCUGACCACAAAAAGAGUGCCGGUGCCCCUGGGAGCAAUUCUGUGUCUAGCGGUAUGACCAGGAGAAACACAUACGUGUGUAGUGAGAGGAACGCCACAGACCGCCACUCCGUCAUCCAGAACGGCAAAGAGAACAGCCUGAGUGAAAUGUCGGGAUGUGUCAGCACGAGUCCGACAGCGUAUGCCGUUGCUCUCGCCAGCUCAUCGGCUUCGGUCCGUCUGCGCCACCAAAAGGCCGCGUCCCUCUCGGCCUCCGGACACACCUACCAUGCCACCUUGCCGCCCAACGACGGCACCUCUGAUCUCUUCAGGCCCAAUACGAACACGGCGGCUCAGACGAGUCAGCGAAACCCCGGUGCCUCCACCCACAGCAUUAGUAGCGCGACUCCCCCGGACCGCCUGCGUUUCCCACGAGGCACGCUGAGCCGCAGCACUUUCCACGGAGGCCAGCUGAGGGAGCGACGCACGGCCACCUAUAACGGACCCCCAGCCUCUCCAACCUUAUCACACGAUGCCACGCCGCUCUCACAGUCCCGGAGCCGCGGAUCAACAAACCUCUUCACAAAGCUCACAUCCAAGCUCACACGCAGAAAUAUGUCAUUCAGGUUUACCAAAAGAGUGCCGGCAGAAUGCGAUCGAAAUGGGAGGUAUGAGGAUUCAAGUCGUAAUGUAUCUGGGGAUCAGAAAGAGGAACAUAAAGACGCCAAACCCCGCUCGCUACGCUUCACCUGGAGCAUGAAGACCACCUCCUCCAUGGAGCCCACAGAGAUGAUGCGCGAGAUCCGCAAAGUCCUGGACGCCAACAACUGCGAUUACGAGCAGCGCGAGCGCUUCCUGCUUCUGUGCGUCCACGGCGACGGCCACGCAGAGAGCUUGGUCCAAUGGGAGAUGGAGGUGUGCAAACUGCCCCGCCUCUCGCUAAACGGCGUGCGCUUCAAGCGGAUAUCAGGAACGUCCAUCGCUUUCAAGAACAUCGCCUCGAAAAUUGCCAACGAACUGAAGUUGUAAGGAAAAAAGUGGAAAAUGUGAAAAAGGACUAAGGCACAAAACUAGAGUAAUCAAGCUGAACAUUCUUUUUGAACAAGUAGCAGAUACAAGGAUUGUUUUCCUUAAACACUUACAAAGUAUGAACUGAAAAUAUUGUAUAGAAUCAUGCCUUAGGCAAUAAUUUCCUGCAUCUUUGAAGCAUUAUUAUUAUUGUUGUUAUUAUUAUUGUGGGAUGGUUUCAAACUGUAGGAAAACAGUGACGGUUCCUGUUUUUUGUUUCAUUUAUGCACUACUGCAGUAGGUGCCCUGUGGGGCCAAAAAAUGUACAUCAGUGACUGAAAACAUGUUUUUUAACCAGACAGAGAGAAGAGGGAUGGUUAAUCGCUCCAGUAUUUUUUCUUUAUCGUUCCAGCCCUCGAAUGCCAAAACAAAAUGGCCAACGGUGAUUUAGAUAGGAAAUUGAUUUGCACAUUUUCCCUAAAAGCACCAUCCAUUCCUUUGCUUUCCCAACCAUUUUUCCCCCCUCAACCCUCGUCCCUUUUCAGGAUAUUCCCACCUGUUGUUUUCUAGCGUGAGACGUGGCUGAAGAUGGACAGGAUCCGACAGGUGCCUCAGGAGCAAGUGCACUUCAGGAAACCUCCCGGAUUCAGACGGGCUACUGCAAUGGAACGUUAAGAAUGAGAUCGGGAACAUUUUGCUUCCUGGUCUGUUUAAGUAUUUAGUUUAUUUCUUACAAAGUGUUUUUGUAAAUGUCUGAAGAGAUGACGAACAUCUCCGAUGUUCUUGAAAUGUCUUUGCUUUGGCUCCGGCCCCCGGGGCGCACCAUAGAGUCAUUCUGGGACUCAGUUCAGAAUUUUAACUUGCCAUUUCUAGGCUUCAGUAUUCACUCCCAUCCCUAAGAACCAUCGGCACUGUUGUUAUUAUUAUUCUUAUUUUGUUUUGAUGUUUCUGUUUGUUUUUUGGAAUGUAAAUAAUGUAUCUUAGUUUUGCAGCAAAUGGCAUAUUGAUAUACUUUUUUUUUUUUCUAAGUCUGACUGUGAGUCGGAAACUAAUGUAACUCAUCACAGAAUAAGGUUAGUCAAUGUCUCCAUUAAAACAACUGAAAAUCAGUGAUUUGCAGAGUGACUUUCGUUGGACUGGUUUUACCGAGGCACAAUUCAGACAUGUAAAUGCUUAUUGUCUGUGAAUUAACAGGUGGAACAUUUCAUUUGUUUUAACUGCUGAAGAACUUAAAAUGAAUUUGGGAGUUUUACAAGAUCAUCUUAAGUACCAGAUAUAACCUUUGCAGGGUUUUAGGUCCUGUGAUUUAAAAAGUCUGGGUCUGCUUCUGGUUUAAGGUCUAUUUCUGUACAAAAGAUGAUAAUUUCCUCAACCACUGGUCAGCAUGCUUAGAGGGAAUUUGCAAGAAUCCGGUUGCUCUAAAUGGCUACUUGACAAUCGUAAAAAUGAGUUCUGGGAUUCAGAUGAAAAAAUCUAUUAAAAUGGACCGCUUGUUUCCAGGCUAGAUCUUGAUCGGACAGGGUCUUGACUUUAACUGUUGUAGAAAUCAUAAAAUUUUGUCCAGAAA